AUGGUGGAGGAAUAUAAAGGUAUCACCCUCAUGUCCGUGGGACAUAAAAUUUAUGUAAAAGUGCUUACAAGGAGCUUGGAAAGACAGGUGGAAAAGAAGGGAAAUAUACCCCACAACCAAAUGGGUUUAAGAAGAAGGAUGGGAACCAUAGAUAACGUCUACGUGCUCAACUAUAUAGUCAAUAGAAAUCAAGGGCGGAAGAAAGGGAAGCUAGUCGCAUUUUUUGUUGACAGAAUUAAGCAUUUAAGCAUUAAGAAUUAUGCAUGUAAGGUAGCAUUUGACUCAGUUAACAGGAGGGUGUUAUGGAAAGCCAUGAAAGAGAAAGGAGUAGACGAAGGUUUAAUCGAGAGAAUAAAAGAAAUAUUUUGUGGGUACUAA